GUUAGCCGUUUUUGUUUAUCGCGCUGCGGACCGCCUCGCAUUUCGCGUCGCCUUGGGCCAGUUAGAAAAUCCCUGCUCCGCGAAAAUUCCACUCGAGAGUUGCACUUUCGCAGGGUGAACUAAAGUGAUUUCCGCGAGAAUCUUACUUCGAGAAGAAAACGGAGAAAAAGUGAAAAUCCAAGGGAGAAACGGGGAAAAGCAAGCGCAAGCGGUGCAAAAUAAGUGCAAGAAAUGUGCUAAAAAUAAUGAAGAGUAAUGAGGAGGCCCCCUAUCGAGAUUGUUCCUCCCAUAGCCCAAGCCUAAGCUGGUCAUGAUCGGGGGCAGGAGAUGCAGCGAGGCCGCCCGGCGGUUGCGAAGGCGUCCCGAUACCCUGGAACUCUCAGUUCUGGGCGGCCAGCCCAUGGAAACGGACCACCAAGAGGAUGAUGACGAACGGACUCCUGCCACAGGACCUGGAAACGCAGAUGGAUCUGGAACUGAAAGUACCGAAGCCACCGGAAGAAGAACUCGCUGGUUUCAGUUUGCCAGGAGUUCAAAAAAUCGAAGAAAACGACUGCACUGCGAUGAUGAUGAGGAAACUGAGGAGCAGGACGGAGGGACCUCCGAUAAGGAGGGCAGCAGGAAGGCGUGUCUUGCCCAGCCGGAGGGAAUGAAUAUUGGCAGCUCCACACAAACCAUUGCCACGCCCCUGAUGGUGGGGGACAGCUUCUACAGCCUGGCCCCCGGAGCAGCCAAUCCAUCAACCAAUAGGUCCGAUGACCAGGAGCUGUACAAGCAAAGGGAUCCCUCGGUGGCCUCGGAGACCAAGUCGUUACCGAGUAUGAGGCGUCUGUCCCAGAUAAGAAGGCGCCGCAGCUCGUACUACUUUUCGGAAAACGAACGCAGAAUCCGCGCCAACGACAAAGAGUUUAAUGCCCAGUUCAAAUAUCACAACAACUACAUCAAGACCUCCAAGUAUUCGCUGUUCACGUUCCUGCCUUUCAAUCUGCUGGAGCAAUUCCAGCGGCUGGCCAACUUUUAUUUCCUCUGCCUGUUGGUCCUCCAACUGAUUCCCGCCAUCUCCUCCCUCACACCCGUGACCACAGCCAUUCCCCUGAUAGGAGUGCUCACUCUAACCGCGGUCAAGGAUGCCUACGACGAUAUUCAACGUCACCUGUCCGACUCGCAGGUGAACAAUCGCAAGUCGAAAACGCUGCGCAAUGGCAAGUUGGUGGAGGCCAAGUGGUCGGAGGUGCAGGUGGGCGACGUGAUCCGGCUGGACAACAAUCAGUUCGUGGCGGCGGACACCCUGCUGCUGUCCACAUCCGAGCCAAAUGGCCUGUGCUUCAUCGAGACAGCCGAACUGGAUGGGGAGACGAAUCUCAAGGCGAAGCAGUGCCUCACGGAGACCAUCGAGCUGGGCGAUCGUCACGACGCGCUGUGGAACUUCAACGGCGAGAUCAUCUGCGAGAGGCCCAACAACCUGCUGAACAAGUUCGAUGGCACCCUGAUCUGGCGGAGCCAGCGGUUCGCCUUGGACAACGAGAAGAUCCUGCUGAGGGGCUGCGUCCUGCGGAACACCCAGUGGUGCUAUGGCGUCGUGGUCUUCGCCGGGGUGGACACCAAGCUGAUGCAGAAUUCCGGAAAGACGCAGUUCAAGAGCACUGGUGUGGAUCGCCUGCUCAACUUUAUUAUCAUUGGGAUCGUCCUGUUUCUGGUGUCAAUAUGUGCCCUCUUUGCGAUCGGCUGUGCCGUGUGGGAGGGCCUGAUUGGCCAGCAUUUCCAGCUGUAUCUGCCCUGGGAGCGCAUCAUACCCAAGGAUUACAUACCCACGGGCGCCACCGUCAUCGGCUUGCUGGUUUUCUUCUCGUAUGCCAUAGUCUUAAACACAGUUGUGCCAAUCUCUCUCUACGUUUCAGUAGAGGUAAUACGCUUCGUACAGUCGUUCCUCAUCAACUGGGAUGAGGAGAUGUACUACGCGACCACCAAUACCUAUGCCAAAGCCCGCACCACCACGCUCAACGAGGAGCUGGGCCAGAUCCAGUACAUAUUCUCGGACAAGACGGGCACCCUCACCCAGAACAUCAUGACGUUCAACAAGUGCAGCAUCAACGGCCGCAGUUAUGGCGAUGUGAUUGACCUGCGCACCGGCGAGCUCAUCGAGAUUACGGAGCAGCAAACAAUUUUCCAAAAUAGCAACACCAACAACAGACCCAGCCCCGCAGGUGGAGCUGCGUCAGCGCCACCUGCAGCACCACCCCCCAUCAUCCUAGUGCACACGGCCGAGGUGCAUGCCAAGAAGAGUGCCCUGGUGGUCACGACCUCCGCCUCCUCCCCGGGCGAGGCACAGGUAUCCUCGAGACCGGACCUCGAGCACUCGGCUCCGCCGCUGGACGCGGUUGAAAAGAGGCCGGCACUCAAGCAUGUGCGGUACUCGGCGCCCAGCAGAAGUCAGGAGGAUGACCCUGGGGGAGUGUCACCCAGGAUGGGGCUUGCACCACCCAUCGCCAAUGAGGAGCGCAGGAGCAGCGGCGGCUUCAAGCGGAGCGGAGCGGGAUACAUGCAGCGUCAGUUGUCCCGCACAAGCAGUUGCGACAAAGUAAAGAUUUUGCAUGACACCGAACUCGAACAGACAGAAGCACCCGACAUGCACCAUCCCAAGCACCAUCGCAAGCGAUUGCUCAAGAUCCGGUUCAAGAAAUCCCCAUCGACAGUCACGCUCGAGCCGCCUUAUGAAGGGGAUCCAAAAUCCACAUCCACACUGCACCCAAGCGAUUCGAGCCCCACAAAACACUGCCACAAUGCAAACGCAUUCGCCACCAAUUGGAGCUCGUCGCCUCAGAGAGUGCACGCCCUUCAAACCGUCGACUUUUCGGCCAAUCCGCACCACGAGAGCGAUUUCCGGUGGUACGACCGCACGUUACUGGAUGCCGUUCGCUCGGAUGAGGAGCACUCCCACGUGUUUUUCCGCCUGCUGGCCCUCUGCCACACGGUCAUGGCCGAAACGGUGGAUGGCAAGCUGGAGUACCAGGCCCAGAGUCCCGAUGAGGCUGCUCUUGUGGCGGCCGCUCGCAAUUUCGGCUUUGUCUUUCGCACACGAACACCGAAUAGUAUUACCAUCGAGGUGAUGGGGCAGUUGGAGGAAUACGAGCUCCUAAACAUCCUUGAUUUCAACAACGUCCGCAAGCGGAUGUCUGUGAUCCUCCGGCGCGGUGACUCCAUGGUGCUCUACUGCAAGGGAGCGGACAAUGUGAUAUACGAUCGUCUGCAUGGCGGACAGGAGGAUCUGAAGGCGCGCACCCAGGACCAUCUUAAUAAAUUUGCUGGCGAGGGCCUGCGCACCUUAGCUCUGGCCGAGCGUCGUUUGACCGAGCAGUACUACAACGACUGGAGGAGUCGUCAACAGGAGGCUGCCCUUUCGAUGGACUCGCGGGAACAGAAGCUGAACGAAAUCUACGAGGAGAUCGAGAGUGAAAUGCAACUGGUUGGUGUGACGGCCAUCGAGGAUAAGCUGCAGGAUGGAGUGCCAAAGUCCAUAGCUAAUUUGCAGAAUGCCGGCAUAAAGAUCUGGGUCCUAACAGGAGACAAGCAGGAAACGGCCAUCAACAUUGGUUACUCCUGCCAACUGCUCACUGAUGAACUGGCCGAUGUCUUUAUAGUGGAUGGAAACUCCGUGGAGGAGGUGGAGAAGCAGCUGAGGCAGUUCAAAGAGUCCAUUAAAAUAUACAACCGAUUUCGACCAGGAGGAUUUGACCCGUUUGACCGGUUAAACAGUGACAGUAAUAUGGAUCCCUUGAGCGUAACCAUGACCCAAACAUCGGCCUUCAUGCAGGAGACGAAUCUCCCGCCCACGCCGCCUCCUCCGCCUGCCAUUUCGGUGGUUACCUUUAGGUGGGAUGACAAAAUUAAGGAUAAUAAGGGCGGACCGGACAGUGCGGAGUGCAAUGACCUGUUCGGCGAUGAGAAGAGGAGCGAGGGAGGAGGCACUGCCUCCAUUGUGGUGGACGAAAACACAGGCUUUGCCCUGGUGGUCAAUGGGCACUCACUGGUGCACUGCCUUUCGCCGGAGUUGGAGACCAAAUUCCUGGACAUCGCCUCGCAGUGCAAGGCGGUCAUUUGCUGCCGGGUAACGCCGCUCCAGAAGGCGCUGGUCGUCGAGCUAAUUAAGCGUGCCAAAAACGCCGUCACCCUGGCCAUCGGCGAUGGCGCCAACGAUGUGUCCAUGAUCAAGGCUGCCCACAUAGGCGUUGGUAUCUCCGGGCAGGAGGGCCUUCAGGCUGUCCUGUCCAGUGACUAUUCGAUUGCCCAGUUCCGGUACCUGGAGCGAUUGCUGCUGGUCCACGGUCGCUGGUCCUACUACCGCAUGUGCAAAUUUCUGCGAUACUUCUUCUACAAGAACUUUGCAUUUACCCUGUGCCAUUGCUGGUACUCGCUAUUCUGCGGCUUCAGCGCUCAGACGGUGUUCGACCCGAUGUUCAUAUCGGUUUACAAUCUGUUCUACACAUCCCUGCCCGUCUUGGCGUUGGGCGUCUUCGAGCAGGAUGUCUCGGACAAGAACAGCGUGGAGUUCCCACGCCUCUACACGCCGGGACUCAAGAGUGAGCUGUUCAACAUCCGGGAGUUCAUCUACAGUGUGCUUCACGGGGCCUUCACCUCGCUGGUCCUGUUCCUGAUUCCUUACGGCGUCUACAAGGACGGCGUUUCGGAGAACGGAUACAUAGUCAGCGAUCAUAUGACCCUGGGCGCCGUGGUGGCCACCAUACUCAUAGUGGAUAAUACGGCACAGAUAUCUUUGUACACCUCUUACUGGACCGUUGUCAAUCACGUGACCAUUUGGGGUAGCUUGGUUUGGUAUUUUGUGCUUGACUAUUUCUACAACUAUGUCAUUGGAGGGCCUUAUGUGGGCUCUCUGACCCAAGCCAUGAAGGACCUGACAUUUUGGGUUACCAUGUUGAUCACAGUGAUGGCCCUGGUGGCCCCUGUUCUGGCCUACAAGUUCUAUCUUCUGGAUGUGCAUCCCAGCCUUUCGGAUAAGAUACGUCAAAGGUCCUUGAAAAAGAUUCACUCGAGAGCCUCUAGUAAUGUCAGGCGAACGGCUUCAUCCCGUCGCGGACGCCGCUCCGUUAGAUCAGGAUACGCCUUUGCCCAUCAGGAGGGCUUUGGUCGCCUGAUCACCUCUGGCAAGAUCAUGCACAAGUUGCCGCAGGACUUUGCCUUCCCUCUGGGCUUGGGCACUAAAAAGACACAGGUCCUUCACAACAACCUUAACUCGGCCGAUGGAUCGAAGACCAAUAACAUCUCUGGGCACAAUAUGGUCAAUAAUAACACAAAUCUGCGACAAAAUCAGAACCAGAACCACUCGUCAAUGGCAGAUAUAAGAGCCGAUGGACGUGGCACUGGGGGAGAUGAUGGAAGGGGCAGUGUGGGCACGGAUGACAUGAGUCCUCGUGCUCCCUGCCAGGACCUAGAUACGAUUAAUCUCUAAGCUUUAGAUGCAGGUGCUGGAUCGGUAGCGGGUUCCGUAACAAACACCAAAAACUUUUAAAGAAUUUAAGUCAGCUAAACUAAGGAUAAGUUUAAGUUUUAGUCUGAAUAGAGCACUAGAAUCUAGUAGGGGUGUAAGAGGUUUGGUUCUGCGUGAAUGUGAGUCAAAACAAUGAAACAAGUAUUAUAUUGAAUGUUUUUAUAAUGUUUGUUUCUCUCCUCCUCAGAAGAGUACUUAUUUAGUUAUUAGGUUUAAUUAAGUUGAAAGUAUUUUUACCAGAAACCACUGAAUCAUAACCCAAAGACAUUAAAAACCCUUUCAAUCAGAACUCAGUAAAUCAAUAAAUACCAACCACAAUCCUUUCCUCUGACAAUCCAUCAAUGUUUUACCCCACUCCUAAUAACCUCAAGAAAGCACAAAAAUCUCUUCUUUCACGUAUUUAUAUCAUCGUUUACUGCAUUUAAGAGAGUGAGCCCCCUGAAUGAUCAAAUGAGUGAUUGAGUUUGAAGAUGAAGUGUAGAAUAUAUUAGGUGUACAACUGUCUUUGGGAAACUGAAAGUGUACUUAAUUGCUUAAUGAUGUGCUGUGUGCUUAGCCAAUAUUAGUGCGGUGUUAACCACCGCUCAGAGUAGCUUAUCUACCUUUAGCUGAACGAAAUCUCGUCUAAAAGUCCAUUGCUAUAUUCUAUAUACUCCCCCAACAAAGACACAACAACAUAUAGAGAAGUCCACACGUCUGUGUUCCUAAUUAGAGUUGUAGAAUUAAAGCCUGCAAAUGCCUUAGAGAGUCCCUAGUGUUAAGUCCUUUUAGCAGUAUCGGGUUUUCUAGUUAGGACUCCCAUUUUUUUCGGUUGUUACAGACGGGCAUUCGAAUAAGUGGGCUGUGGGUUUGAGCGGUAACAAAGGUCUAAAGUGAUUUAUUAUUAGCUUGGAAAGGUUCAACGUGGCUUUUUAUUUAAGAAAUGCGAAAAACUUCUUGAUAUACAUACAUAAAACAAAUGUUUUUGGUACAUAUUUUUGCAUGAAAAGAAAUCAAACUUUAAAACUUAAAGGUAUACAACUUAACUUUAACUUGCAAAUUGUUGCUACACAAGAAGAGAAAUGAAGGAUAAUUAGAGAACCAAGUAAAGAGAAAACAUUUUAUUUUUAUCUACAAUUUUAGCGGAGGAAACUAAAGUUUGCAUUAAGUACAUUUUUAACUGAUAAAAUAAAAGGGAAAUAUUUUCAAAAAGCA